AUGCCUCCCAUCAGAACCAGUAAAUCUUCUAAAACCCCACCGGAGGGGUUUGACGACCUCGAGGACAUGCUUCUCGAGUUUGCCAAUAAGAUGAAGGAUGCCGGAAACGCGCCUCAUGAAGGAAAACGGAAGAAUGAAGCAACAUGGGAAAUUUUCAAGAUAUCUCACCAACGUUCAAGGUACAUCUAUGAUCUAUAUUACAAUAAAGAGGCCAUCUCCAAAGAGCUCUACAACUAUUUGUUGAAGAAUAACUAUGCCGAUGCCAUGCUCAUAGCGAAAUGGAAGAAACAAGGCUAUGAGAAAUUAUGCUGUCUCCGAUGCAUCCAGGCGAAAGAAAACAACUUCAACGCUACCUGCAUAUGCCGGGUACCCAAGGCACGACUUGGAACUGAGCAGCAGACCGUCGAGUGUGAUAUGUGGCACGGGUUUAUGGAGCGAGCGAACGUCUUUUCGUCAAUCCAAAUUGGAAUAUUGUCAUUUCUUAAGUGCUCCCACGAACACGUAUUUCGCAAGAACACUCCUUACUCGGCCAAAGAUCCUCCAACUUACACCCUUCGUUAUAAGACAAUCCCAAAGUAUAAGAGAAUCGAAACCUUUACUCAUAGUGUUCUCUGCUUUAUAUGA